UUUAAUAUGCCAUCAGAUAAAAAAUCAAAAACAAGAUACAACUGCUCCUAUUGCAAAAAGCAAAUCCUGAGCGAAGAUGUAGAGUGCAAAGUUUGCAAGGAGCAUUAUCAUGUGUAUUGUGCGUACAGAUAUGGCACUCUCAUCUUCUCUGGGUCGAAAAAGCUGGUGGUGUGCUGUGAAAAACCGGAAAACAUCGACAAGCUAAAAAACACAAGGGGAUGUCGGCCUAACACUACUUCAACAAAAACUAAUGACAAUCAUAUGAUGUCACCAUGCGAGCAUGGAAAGAUAUACAGACAAUUGAUGAGUAAAAAUACAAAUAGUACUAUAUGCUCAGUACAACCAACUAAAAAAACAAUCAGUAACGUAAUUAUUUUGCAAAAAUAUGAAAUUGUAUCAGGUGAAUCGUGUUCUAAUACCGAUCCAUUCUCAAAAUGUGAUAGUCCCUCAUGCAACAAUAAUGAGGAUGAUUUAAAUACUAAAGAUGUCGAGGCUGAUGAAGAACCUGGUUAUACAUGCAAUAUUCCAACAUGUGAAAAUAAUAUAAAAGAUAAUGAAGAGGGUACAACAAUACUAGAUCAACAAUUUUGUAAAAUCUGCAAAAAAACCAUUACUAAAGACAUGGUCACGUGUAGACUUUGUCGGAGUAUAUACCAUAAAACCUGUGUAUUCGAAGUAAACAAUUUAGUUAUUCUAAGUCAGAGAUCAGUUAUUUGUUGUAGCAAUUCUAUCAACGAUUCUCUAUCAAAAUAUCUAAAUGGAUCAUUCAUCAAAGAAUUGGAAAGGAAAGGGUCCAAGACAUCGGGUGACCAACCCGACAAAAAGUUAUAUGUGGUAUGUGAUUCAAAAGUAAUCGAUGAAGAAGAUAAUGCAGAUCCUUGCGUAGAAAAUUGUAUAGAUAAAUGCUCAGAAAUACCUGAAAAUGAUGAAGGAAAUCAAGAAAGUUUUACUGGUACUCGAUCAGUAUCAUUUGCGGGGGGUCCCAAAGUACCUCUUUGUCAAACGAAAAAAAUAUCACUAGAAGCUGUCCCAGAGGGUGUUGAACAACAAGAACAGCCGAAACAAGCAGGUUGUCAUAUGAAAAAGGAAUCAACAAAAGAGCAACCAGAUGAAUUGAGACCAUCGCAGAAAUCUGAAGCUGAAGAAAAAUCUGAAAAGCCGAAAUCAUUGGAACAAGAAAUUGAGCCAAUUGAAGGGCAACAAGAAUUUGAAGUUGUGGAACAAAAAAUCGAAGAAAAGCGGAAGUCUGAAAGUCCAACACCUUCGGAUGAACAAACUAAACAAACUGAAGGCGAAACAAAAAAAUUGGCUUGUGUCACAAAGCGUGAAGAUCCGGAACCAAGGGGGGAAGAAAAGCAACCAUUUGAAUGCGAAAUAAAAAAAUUUGCUUGUGUCACAAAACGUGAAGAUACGGAACCAUUGGGAGAAGAAAUAGAACCAGAUGGUACAGAAUUAUUGGAGGAAGAAAUCGAGGAAACUGAUACACAAGUGAAAAAGACAUGUGGCAUGAAAUCUGAAGAUGCUAAACCAUUGGAAGACGACCAACUCCGGGGGGAAGAUAAAGAUAAAGAUGAAGUGAAAAAAUCUGGUUGUGGUGUAAAAGCAGAAGAAAAGGAACCAUUAGAAGCUGACCAACCUCGAAGUAGCACAGCUAGUAAAAAAGAGGCCAUUAAGUCUGAGGAGACGGGAGAUGCAGAAGUGAAAAAGACUGGUUGUGGCAUAAAAUCUGAAGAUGUUAAACCAUUAAAAGGUGACCAACCUCAGGUGGAAGAUACUGAAGUGAAAAAGCCUGGCUGUGGUGUAAAAGUAGAAGAAAAGAAACCAUUAGAAGCUGAUGAACCCCGAAGUAGUACUGCCAGUAAAAAAGAAGCCAUUAUGUCUGAGGAGACGGGAGAUGCUAAACCAGUGGAAGAUGACCAACUUAAGGCGGGAGAUACUGAAGUGAAGUCUGGUUGUGGUGCUAAGAAAGAAGAAGAAAAACCCCCAGAAGCUGCCCAACCUGAAGAAGUAGUAAAAGAGAAGGAAAAUGAUGAUAUAUCUUUGGAAUAUUCAAUGGUGAGCGAAGUAUCAAAAGAUGAGUCUAUAAAAAGUAAAACAGAAGAGGAGGAAGAUAUAUGUUUAGGAUGUGAACAACCUUGUAUCGAUGAGUGUUUGUGUCCUAGAAAAGAUCCUAAAAGAAAGAGUACAAGACCAAGUUGUGUUAGUGGUAUUGGGAUACCAUCUGAUAAGAAACAGUCAAUAAAAAGUGAAACUGAAGAGGAAGACGACAUAUGUAUUGGAUGUGAAAACCCUUGUAUCGAUGAGUGUUUGUGUCCUAGAAAAGAUCCUAAAAGAAAGAGUACAAGACCAAGUUGUGUUAGUGGUAUUGGGAUACCAUCUGAUAAGAAACAGUCAAUAAAAAGUGAAACUGAAGAGGAAGACGACAUAUGUAUUGGAUGUGAAAACCCUUGUAUCGAUGAGUGUUUGUGUCCUAGAAAAGAUCCUAAAAGAAAGAGUACAAGACCAAGUUGUGUUAGUGGUAUUGGGAUACCAUCUGAUAAGAAACAGUCAAUAAAAAGUGAAACUGAAGAGGAAGACGACAUAUGUAUUGGAUGUGAAAACCCUUGUAUCGAUGAGUGUUUGUGUCCUAGAAAAGAUCCUAAAAGAAAGAGUACAAGACCAAGUUGUGUUAGUGGUAUUGGGAUACCAUCUGAUAAGAAACAGUCAAUAAAAAGUGAAACUGAAGAGGAAGACGACAUAUGUAUUGGAUGUGAAAACCCUUGUAUCGAUGAGUGUUUGUGUACUAGAAAAGAUCCCACUAGAAUGAGUACAAGACCAAGCUGCGUCAGUAAUAUAGUGAUACCAUCUGAUAAGAAAGAGUCAAUAAAAAGUGAAAUUGAUGAAGAAGAUGACAUAUGUAUAGGAUGUGAAAACCCCUGUAUCGAUGAGUGUUUGUGUACUAGAAAAGAUCCCAGUAGAAUGAGUACAAGACCAAGUUGUGUUAGUGGUAUUGGGAUACCCUCUGAUAAGAAACAGCCAAUAAAAAGUGAAACUGAAGAGGAAGAUGACAUAUGUUUGGGAUGUGAAAACCCUUGUAUCGAUGAGUGUUUAUGCCCUAGAAAAGAUCCCACUAGAAUGAGUACAAGACCAAGCUGCGUCAGUAAUAUAGUGAUACCAUCUGAUAAGAAAGAGUCAAUAAAAAGUGAAAUUGAGGAAGAAGAUGACAUAUGUAUAGGAUGUGAAAACCCUUGUAUCGAUGAGUGUUUAUGUGUUAGAGAAGAUCCUACAAGAAGAAGCAUAAGACCCAGCUGUAUGAGUGGUAUAGAUAUGCCACCAGAUGUGAAAAAACAUUCAGUUAAAGAUGAAGGUAAGAAAAAAGUGUCUGACGGUAGUUUAUCAGUGGAAAUUAAAACCGAUGCACUAGAUGAUGAUGAAUACGAAGAAUGUUUUGGAUGUGAUGAGCCUUGCUUAGAUGAAUGUCUAUGUCCUACUAAAGAUCCUACUAGACGUAGUACAAGACCAAGUUGUUUAAGUGGCAUAACGGUUCCAUCUGAUAAAAAACACUCAGUAAAAAGUAAAACGGAGGAGGAAGAUGACAUAUGUAUAGGAUGUGAAAACCCUUGUUACGAUGAGUGUUUGUGUCCUAGAAAAGAUCCCACUAGAAUGAGUACAAGACCAAGUUGUGUUAGUGGUAUUGGGAUACCAUCUGAUAAGAAACAGUCAAUAAAAAGUGAAACUGAAGAGGAAGACGACAUAUGUAUUGGAUGUGAAAACCCUUGUAUCGAUGAGUGUUUGUGUCCUAGAAAAGAUCCUAAAAGAAAGAGUACAAGACCAAGUUGUGUUAGUGGUAUUGGGAUACCAUCUGAUAAGAAACAGUCAAUAAAGAGUGAAACUGAGGAGGAAGAUGACAUUUGUAUAGGAUGUGAAAAUCCUUGUAUAGAUGAGUGCUUGUGUCCUAGGAAAGAUCCCACUAGAAUGAGUACAAGACCAAGCUGCGUCAGUAGUAUUGUAAUACAAUCUGAUAAGAAACAGUCAAUAAAAAGUAAAACUGAAGAAGAAGAUGACAUAUGUUUAGGGUGUGAUAAACCCUGUAUUGAUGAGUGUUUAUGUACUAGAGAAGAUCCUACUAGAAGAAGUAUAAGACCAAGUUGUUUAAGUGGUUUGAAUUUACCACCUGACAAACAGAAACAGUCAAUCACUAAUGAAGGAGAUGUUGGAAGUAGUUCAUUGGAAAUCAAGUCCGAUUUACUUGAUUAUGAAGAAGAGGAAAAUGAAUGCAUUGGAUGUGAAGAGCCCUGCAUAGAUGAAUGUUUGUGUCCUAAAAAAGAUCCUAAGAAAUUGACCGCCAGAGCUAGUUGCAUAAGCGGAAGUAUUGCAGUAAAGAAAUCGGUUGUAGAGGACACUAAACCUGUGAAAGCAGAUAAACCGCAGACAAGAGAUGUUGGAACAUUAACAGUUUUGACGGGGGUAAUUGAUUGUAUUGGUUGUAAGGAACCUUGCAUAAAUGUGUGCGCAUGUCCUUUGGUGGGCAAAUCUGCCGUGAAUGGAGCACCUAGUUGUUUAAGUAAUUUUGCCGCAAGACAACUCUAUCCAGAACAUGAAACAACAGUUAAUUAUUUUAUACAAGAAGAAAGACCAAAGGUUUUGUUAGACGAUAAAGGAGUAAAUGUAGAUAUGCCUGAAGAAGGUAAUGAGUAUUGUAAUGAGGUUAAAUGUCAAUGUCCAGAAGAUGUAGAAGUACCUUCAGAAAUUGAUUUUUUGAGAAUGAAAGGAGGUAAUACCAAUGACUCAGAAAUUUCAUCUGAUCAGUAUUCUGAACUGUCGAACGAGAGCCAUCCACUGGAUAUGAACUCUAAGAAAUGUCAAGUUUCAAAAGAAAUUAGUUGUCAUCUUAAUAAUACAUUUAUGUCGUGUGCCCUUAAGCAGCUUGCAAAUAAAGCUUUGGUCAAUAAAAGUGUGGAUAAUAUUAAGAAUGAACUACAUAACUCCGACACAUUGAUUCAACAGAAAAAGAAAAUUGGAAGCAACCUAUAUACAUCUUGGCGUGAACCUCAAUUAAAAAAGAUGAGAGAAAACGCAAGAAAUGUAAUUCUGAGUAUAAAAGAAACAGAAUGUCAUACAUUAAAGCCCAAACAUGGAACUGUGAAUAUUAAAAGAUGUAAUAAUAAAAGCACUGGAAAGAAAAUUGGAAAUCAUAAUAAAGAGUUACAAGCUGCUAGACAAGAAGACAUAGCUAAUCGAAUAUUGAAUUCAGUACAAAUAGAUUGUCAUCUUGAUUCUACAAAUUCGGAAGCUGUUACACCACCUGAAGAUGACGCGGAGAAACGGUAUAUCAAGCAAAGAGAAACGGAGGACAAAAUUAAAGGGGAUAUUCAAUUACUGGAAGCUCAAUGGACUGAUGAGUAUGAAAAAUCGAAGAAAACUGUUGCUGGGCCAGCAUAUGAAAAAAAGCGUAAGAAGCAUAAAAGUAAAAAAGUAGAGAAAAAGGGCGAGAUUGGCGAAAUUAAAAUAGAACAUAAAGAACUUGAGAAGAAAAAUUGUGAAGAGACACAGAGUGAUGGGAAAGAUCAACAAGAAAAGGAACAAAUUACUGACAAUAUAGAACAGAAUGAAAAACCCAAAGAAGUGAAAAAAGAACAAAAAAUUGACUACACAACCCUAAAUGAAGAGUACAAUAAAGAACAGAAAAAUGAACUACAUAAAGAAGCGAUAAAAGGAAAUAAAAAAGAGGAGCCAAAAAACAAAGAUGAAGAAGGGAAGAAGAAAGGAGGAUUUUUUUUAACACUUAGUAAAAAAAUAAAUAAUAUACCAUAAUAGCCCAGUCAUAUUACCAUUAAACCAAUUACAAGCAAAUUGUGUUUUACUUACUAAACAAUAUUAAUCAGUGUCAGUGUCAAUUUAAAAUAGGGUUAGUAAAUAUGUCAUAACAUUAUAAAACCAUCUUUAAAUAAUUUAAAACCAUGUUCAAAAUUUCUUCAUCGGACGAACCAAAAGAAGAUAGUGAACUUUCGGAAGGAAGUAAAAGUGUUAGAAUAUCAGACGACAUUAUUGAGGAGGCUUCAGCACCUCCACCAGAAAAAGAAGAUUUAGAAGAUGUUACUCCAGAUGAUACGCCAAAGGAAGCGACAGAUGAUGGUGAACCUUCGGAAAAAAGUAGUUCAGAAAAAAGUGGUACAGAAAAAAGUAGUUCAGAAAAAGGGGAAAAGGAACCAGAUGAAACGGUGGAACAAACGACUUCAGACAAGGAUGCGUCGAAGGAAACACCCGCCCAGCCAACAGAUGAAACAACAACUGCAGUAACAAUAAAAGAAACCACAGAUGAAGAAGCGCCUGUGCCAAAAAGAACUCCGAAUGUUUGUUGCACUGACAUCCAGGUCAGAUUCAAAGGGAACAGAGACGCAAUGGAAAAAUAUGUUCCGUCAGAUUUAGAUUCAGGGAAUCGAUCUUCAGUUACUAGUGAUGUGUUGAAACCCAAACAUCCGCCAAAAAAAUAUUAAAUAAGUAAAUGUGUGUAAGAUUUUAGAUUAAAAAUAAUUAGCCCUGA